UCCCUACAAAUUCUUAUGCAUACAUAACCUCGUACUUUGUUUUGCUUGGUUUAUAUUUUAUAAUUUUUUAAUAUAAUUAUAGUAUUCAAAUAAAUUAUAUGAAAUGGCUUCUGGUUUGGAUUCAUUCGUUAACCAUACUGUUUCUAUAAUAACCACGGAUGGAAGAAAUUUCAUUGGUACUUUGAAGGGUUUUGAUCAAACUAUUAAUAUAAUUUUGGAUGAAUCUCAUGAACGAGUAUAUUCAACUUCAACGGGAGUAGAACAAGUAAUGUUAGGAUUACAUAUAAUAAGAGGAGAUAAUGUGGCUCUAAUCGGUUUAAUUGAUGAAGACAUCGACAAUAGACUCAAUUUAGCAAACAUUAAAGCAGAACCAUUAAAUCCUGUAGUACAUUAAGAAUAAAAUCAAAUUAAUA